CGGAAGGGGUGCAUUCUACGGCACAACACCGGAAAGAAGUGGGUGUUAGCUGAUUGGCGUUAGCGAGCCACAAUUCUCAAGUCUGCUGCGGGUUCUAUGGUAAAUAUUAUCAGGUUUUAUCAAAGACCACUUAUAAAAGCGCUUUGAGGGGUAUAUUGAGAAUGUGGUUUUGGGUACCUAGUGUCUUAUUUUGUUUGUAUUAUGCCUCAUUUUCUUUUACAAAUGAGAUUACUUUAGUUGAUGCUAACUAGCUAACGAACUAGCUCAUCAAUCAUGCUAAUCUGAAAAAUAACUCGUCACCGGGUUUGGAGUUCUGGCUCUGAGUUUUACAAGAAACACACAUAAUAAUCGUCUCGGAUGAUUACAAAAACAUUAUAGUGAAGUUAAUAGCGACAUUACAAUAUUGUACACAAUAUCGUUGCUGUCUACGAAUCUGCGAAUCCGCCUCGUUUUCAUAGAGCAGCUGUGAGUUUCUCCAGAGAGGAAUUGUGCCCCUAAAUUUGGUUGUGAUCCGUUACUAUUACAGGACAUACAAUUUUCAGAAAAGAAAGCUUCAAUGUGAGCUGUACGGUAUUUGUUAUGUGUUGUACGGCACAAAACAAACAAUGAGACAUGUACCUAUAUGUGACUGUCCGGCCCUAGAUUGAAACCGGUGUGUUAGUGCCAUAGACUGUAUACAGAAGUAAAGAAGUAUUGUGUAUAUAUAGUCUAUGGUUAGUGCCGAAGGAUCAAACCAAAACCCAUGUGUUUUUCAGUAUGUUUAAUUUUGCAGCAAGAAGGCUUAUCACAAACGUGAUAUUCUCUACUUUUACGCAUUUAACAAACAAAUAGAACAGAAUUCAACUUUAUUGUCAUUGCACAUGUCACAAGUACAGAGCAACGAAGUGCAGUUUGCAUCCAUCCAGAAGUGCUUAGCAAGUAUAAAUAUAUUUACAAAUGUACAGGGUAUGAAGGAGAAAUAUAUACAUGAGUAUGUCACGGAAUAUAAGGCUUUAGUAGUGUAUGUACAGGCUAUGAACAGAUUAUACAUAUGGUUAUAAAUAUGAAAGCUAUAAACAGACUAUAAAUAUGAUUAUGUAACAUAAAUUAUGUAGUAGUUUUUUGUUAAAAAUGCAGAAUAAAGAUCGAGAAAUUCGACAAUAUCGUAAAAUCGCAAUUGAAUCGGCAUCCAAAAAAAUCCUCCAUAAGGGUUAUAUCUACCAAAAUUAAUACUCCUUUGAGUUGACCUGUUCACUGACAAUUUAACUUCUUCCUCUCUUAAAUUGAUCCUAUUUAUUGAUACACUAGUCCUGCUCCAGGUGUCAGCAGAUGUUUCACCUUGUUUUGUCACAGGAAGAGAUGUCAGGUGAGAGUGUGGUGAGCUCGGCAGUGCCAGCAGCUACAACCCGGACUACAUCCUUCAAAGGCUCCAGCCCCAGCUCGAAAUAUGUGAAGUUAAAUGUUGGUGGAGCGCUGUACUACACUACGAUGCAGACACUAACCAAACAGGACACGAUGCUUAAAGCCAUGUUCAGUGGCAGGAUGGAGGUCCUUACAGAUAGUGAAGGUAAGAUAAGAUUUUCUUGACAUUGUAGUUACAAUGGAAUUUUGUAGCUCUUGGGGUGAAGAAAAUAUCAAUAGGAUACAAGAUGAAAUGAAUGAUAAAAAUGUAAAAAUACUGAGACCAGCAAUAAUAGGACAAAAAAGAAUAAAAUCAAUGUUUACAUUAUAAAGGUGAAGUGAUAUUACUUGGAUCGUGCAUUCAAAAAGGGAGCUUUUUUGCCCCCAUUACAAAACAUUAAGUCACUGGCAAGGAUCUAUUUCCAACAACUAAUUUGUACCGUUUCUUAUCAACAGGAUGGAUUUUAAUUGAUCGCUGUGGGAAACAUUUUGGAACAAUCCUCAACUACCUUCGAGACGGAGCAGUGCCGCUCCCUGACAGCAGGCGGGAAACUGAAGAACUGCUCGCUGAGGCCAAGUAUUACCUUGUCCAAGGCCUGGCUGAUGAAUGCACAGCUGCUUUACAGGUAUCACAGAGGGCCAACAGUUGCACAGAGCAAUAUAUCAAUCUGUUUACAAUACUUGGAAAUAUGUCUUUACUUUCAUUUCAUAGAUUUUUGUGUGCUUAUUAUAGUCUGUAACAUUUGUUGUCGUUUAAAGCCUGCCGAUCGAUAAGAAAAUCAAAAAACAGCUGAAGAAAUACGAUAUUCUCAUUGUUUUGAAAUACUCUUGACUAGACCCAUGCAGAAAUAAUUUUUGAAUAUUUCUGUGACAUCUGGUGAUGGGCAGUAGUUAUCGUUGAUCUACUCUAUUCAUAGAUUUAUACUUUUGAAUGGUGGAUAUGUUUUUUAAUGUAAAUUGUGUUUGAAUGUAGAACAAAGAAACUUAUGAACCCCUUUGUAAAGUGCCUCUGAUGACGUCCUCUAAAGAAGAGCAGAAGCUUAUUGCAACCUCCAAUAAGGUCAGUGGAGUGGUUUUUCUUUGACAUACAGUAUUUCGCUGAAUUUUAAGUGUUCAUAACAAUUAGUCAGUUAUCAUUUAACAAAACUUUGUUGCCCUUACAGCCUACUGUCAAAUUGCUGUAUAAUAGGAGCAACAAUAAAUAUUCAUAUACCAGGUGAGUCUUUUUUACUCAUUCACUGAACUAAGAUGUCUUCUUAGAAAAAGUUUGCUGAUUAAGAAAUCCCUGUGCCUUUUAUCUUCUAGCAACUCUGAUGACAAUAUGCUGAAAAACAUUGAGCUGUUUGACAAGCUCUCAUUGCGCUUCAACGGACGGGUGCUCUUCAUCAAAGAUGUUAUUGGGGAUGAGAUCUGUUGUUGGUCAUUUUAUGGCCAGGGGCGCAAAAUUGCAGAGGUGUGUUGCACCUCCAUCGUCUAUGCCACAGAAAAGAAGCAAACAAAGGUAUGAGUAUAUUUUUAUUUAUUUGCCCCUAGAGAGAUAAGAAUGUUUUGUCUUAGUAUCAUAUGUGUAAUUCUUUUUCCCUCCCAGGUGGAGUUCCCUGAGGCUCGAAUCUAUGAGGAGACCCUCAACAUUCUGCUGUAUGAGUCCCACGAUGGGAGGGGUCCAGAUAACGCCCUGCUGGAGGCCACCGGAGGUGCCGCAGGACGAUCUCAUCAUUUGGACGAAGAUGAAGAACGAGAGCGAAUUGAACGUGUUCGUAGGAUUCACAUCAAACGACCCGAUGACCGCACUCACCACCACCAGUGACCUUUCACCCUCGACCCGUCAGCCUGUGUCUGUGACUCCGGACAGUCUUUGCACCACGCUUGUGCCUUACAUCACCCAGCGCCUCUUUUUCACUCCCUUCCUUAUUUUACCAGCUUUUCCUCCAGGAAAUUACAACAAGAUGUGUAUAAUGGUUGGGCGAUUUAAUGAGAGUUCAUUUGUUGUUGUUCUUGUUGUUGUGUUGUUGUGUGGUCUUGUCCUUUUGUUUUUCACGAUGACUCCUAUCAGUGUUCUCUGCAAGAUUUCUGUUGACAAGUCUGUUCGUAUUCACUGAUGCAAGCAGUUUUGUGUGUGUGUGUGUGCGUGUAUGUGUGUGUGUGUGUAUGUUUGAAAAAAGUAUUGUCAAUAUGAGUCUUGUAGUCUCAACUACAUCACAUCAAGGAGAACAAAAAUGAUAUCAUGUUAGCAGCUACAAUUAAAUGUGGACGAUUUUGCUUCUCCUUACUGUGGCUCUGGCGGGUCUGCUGUGAGGUCACCCAUGGAUUAGUUGGACGUCGUACACAAUGAGAUGAGACCACAUGGGGGCGCUGUUUAACUUUUAGAAGAUGUUACCAAGGCUGUAUGGUAGCCCACAGAUUAUAGCAAAAAAUCUUUCUAAAAUUUUUGAUACAGUUAUCACAGAUGAAUGCAGCAUUUCACUGUAGUGCUUUUUUUCUUAUUUAGUUUAAACAUUUAUGCAUUUUCUCUUCACGAAUUGUUUAUUAUUUUUAGUGGCAGGAACUUGAGCUCUGAUGUAAGGUGUUAAAUGUGCUGGGGGUGAUUGAAUGAUCAGUACCGAGGUUGAAGUGAAUGACUGUAACCAGAUAUCUCCCUGGCAGGAAGGAAAUCCUGUCUACAAGCUUUUAACAGGAAGAGAAAUUAGACCUGUCCUUCGUCGCUACAUUCAUCACAGAAUGAACUGUUUGCACACAAUAGAUUUGAGUUGAACUAUGUGGAACAAUCGCAGUACUUGUAGGUCUGUUGUACAAAAGUGAGCAUAUAUGUAUGUUUUAUAUUUAUACAUACUUUAUCAAGAAUAAAUUUCUAGAAAUAC